AUGCUUGGGCUCUGGGAAGGUAGUCCCCGGUCUUCCAGUAUGCUGGCUAUCCUUCUGGCUGCGGCUCCAGUGGUUUUGGGACUCAGAACUACAGCCGGUUCACCCUGUACGGAUGUCUGUGGCACAAUAACCAACACCACAUCCUCUGAGAUUUCAUGCCUGGAUCAGUCGUAUAACACAACCUCCACCGGGAAGGAUUUCGAGAAAUGUAUAUCAUGCCAGUUGGAAAGUGACUUCCACAUUUCUGCCACUGGAGAAUCGGAUGUUGACUGGGGACUGUAUAAUCUGCGAUAUGCCUUUUCAACUUGUGUCUUCGGAUACCCAGACUCAAUCUCCAACACCUCCUCACCAUGCCCAGUCGCAUGCGACGGUGUUCGGCCUGCUGUAAGAACCGACAUUGACGAUCCCAGCACGUCGAAUCUGCACUCCUGGUGCGACGAUGUUUCUUUCGCCGACAACGUCGUCAACACAUGCGAGUUCUGCUACAAUCUGACCACAACCCAAGUCUACAUGGCAAACUUCCUCGAAUCCAUCCGCUACAACUGCCAUUUCAAAACAGCCACCGGCAAAACCUUCGACAUAGCCCCAUCCCGAAUCUUCACCCAGUCCCUCCUCCCCUCAAGUUUGUCCCUGACAACCCCAACCUCAGGCGGCUCAAACGUGAACCUAGGCGUGGUAAUCGCCGUCCCGAUCGUAGGAUUCCUAAUCAUCCUAAUCGCCCUAGCAACAUGUUGCUUCUUCUUCAUCCGGCAUCGCCGCAAGAAGGCCCGCCGCACCCGCCAGUCACCCAGUAUGUAUAAUCAGUGGAACGACCCGGCCCUCGCCGCCCAAUAUGGGGACCAGCAGCAGGGCUGGGCGAACGCUGGGUACGGAUAUGGGCCUGGGUCUGGCUUUGGAUUUGUUGAUAAUGAUGGUCGUGGGCAGGAGCUUGCGUAUCAGGGUCAGCAGUCGAAGGGUGGGUUUUCGCAGGGUGUUUUCGAGCAGUCUGAUGUGCAAUAUCAGCAGCAGGCUUAUGAGCAGCAUCAGAUUUAUCUGCAGCAGCAGCAGCAAGGUCAUGUUCCUACUACUCAUGUGCAUGAUCCUGAUAAGAAGGUUCCGCAGCAGUGGGAGUGA